AGAGAGAGAGAGAGAGAGAGAGAAAGAGAAAAAAAGAGAGAGAAAAAGAGGGUGGUUAUACGGCAUGCGGUCUUGAGAGUAGGCACAAACAGGUGGCGAAGCGAGAUCGCUCGCGGACGACUUGGCGGAAGCUGGCGGAAGAGAGGGUGGAUGAGAAGGAGGGAGGAGGCAAAUGACGCGUGCGACGAGAUACGCACGCAGGAGUAACAGAUGCUACGGCGCGGCUUUCGAUAAAUCCACGUAAAAGUUGGCGUCUUCAAAACCGAUCGAGAUACAUCCUUGACACUUAACUUUAGUACACAAGGUGUUAUUUUCUACACUAUUGGAACCUAAACAAGGUAAUCUGGACAAUCAAUCACCGCUGUGAAGAUCAACUCGAGGGAAGCAUCCUUCUGCUAACGACCUGUGAUCAUGCUCAGUCCCAAAAUGCAAAAAACUGUGAGAGUAAAUGACGCUCAACUAGUCAUGCUUUCGGAGAAAGCCCAUUACGAUCAUUCGCUGUCGGGUUAUUUGCACAAGCGGACAGCUGACUCCACUAAAUGGCAACAACGAUGGUUUGUUCUCUACCAGAAUUUGCUAUUCUAUUACGAGAGCGAGAACUGUUCACGACCCAGUGGCGUCGUUCUGCUGGAGGGCUGCUAUUGCGAUCGACUCAUCACCGCCAAAGGCAAAGAGCCGGAUAAACAGCACUGUUUCGCGAUAUCGUACAGGAGAGAGAACCAACGGCAAUACGAGCUAAAAGCGGCCACAGAGACGGACUGCAAAACAUGGAUCGAUGCGAUACGAGAAGCUAGCUUCAACAAAUUGUUGCUGCAGAAAGAGGAGCUCGAACAGAAGCAUUUGCACCUGUUGCAAAUCGUCGAGAGCGAGAAAACGGCUAAGUGGCAGUACACUCAGCAAUGUGAAGAAUUGGCGUCAGAAAUAAAAAAGCUCCGAGCAGAGCUGUUCGCCCUGAAAAAGGAGCUAAGGCCCUCCAUAGUGCCGGCAUACCAUAGUAGUCGGCCGAUGGUUCAAAGAACCAUGUCCCAAGGUACCGGAAGUUUAUCUUUCGGUAGUAUUCCCGAUCCCGAAUUUGCGUGCGCAGACGCACCCGGAUUACAUGGUAUCGCGGAGGGCUCUGUUGAAAUGCAAAAGAUCAAGAAAGUUCAAAGCUUCUUCAGAGGAUGGCUGUGCCGUCGACGUUGGAAACAGAUCGUUGAGCAAUAUAUCAAGAGUCCGCAUGCAGAAAGCAUGCGCAAGCGGAACAGUCUAGUAUUUCAAAUGGUGGAGGCCGAGGAGGAGUACACGGAGCAGAUGGAAGUUUUAGUAAGCUGUUUUCUGAGGCCUUUCAAGAUGGCUGCCAGUUCAAAGAAACCCCCAUGUAGUCACGAGGACGUGAAUAGCAUAUUUUUGAAUAGCGAGACCGUGCUGUUUCUUCAUCAGAUCUUCCUGAAGGGUCUUACUUCUCGUAUGGAGAGCUGGCCCACUUUAGUUUUAGGUGAUUUGUUCGACAUGCUGCUACCGAUGUUAUCGAUAUAUCAAGAGUACGUGCGUAAUCACCAUUAUAGCCUUCAAGUGUUGACUGAGUGCAAGCAAUCGUCACCCCCGUUCGUAGCAUUGCUCAAUAGGUUGGAGAACAAGACUGCCUGCCACGGACGAUCCCUGGAGAUCUUUCUAACGUAUCCUAUGCAUCAGAUUCCAAGAUACAUAAUUACUUUGCACGAGUUAUUGGCGCACACGCCAUACGAUCACGUGGAACGUAAGAGCCUUCAGAAUGCCAGGCAACAGCUGGAGGAUCUCUCGAGACAAAUGCAUGACGAGGUCAGCGAGACUGAAAAUCUAAGAAAGAAUCUAGCUGUAGAGCGGAUGAUCGUCGAAGGAUGCGAUAUUUUGCUGGAUGUCAAUCAAGUAUUCGUUCGACAGGGUACGCUCGUACAACUCAUAGACAAACCGCGUGGUGCGCGAAGCAGAUUAAGCGCUACUUUUGGUGGUAAAUCCUCAAGCGACAAAGAGGUUGUCAGACAGUGUUUUCUCUUCUCAAAUCAUUUGCUGCUCACGACACGUCAAUCCGAUGAUGACGGUCGCUUAAAUCUGGUCUCGCAAGUCGGCAAGAUACCUCUUUCCGACGCGAUACUGAUAGAAGAUCCGAGCGACCAGGGUGCUGUGGAUGAUGAUGGAUUGUCAGUAUGUUCGAUGUCAAGCGGCAUUAGCGAAAGUAGCGGAAGCGGCAGUGGUAGUGCGACUUCGCAAUUGCAGAAUCGCGACUUCAAGAUCUUAUUUGAUGUAAAAUCCGGUGCACCGCAAGCGACCAUUCACCUCGUGGCGCCUACUAUGCAGGAAAAAGCAGCGUGGGUCAGCGAUAUUAGCCAAUGCAUGGACAACGUUCGCUUUAACGAUCUACUUCACGGAUCGUUGUCGGACACCAGUUCCGUCACGAUGCCACAAUCUAUCCGGAACGACCCAAAGCUGUUCAAAGAUGAUGUGGACAUCAGAUUUAGUCGUACUUUGAAUUCAUGCAAAAUACCGCAGAUCCGUUCCGCGACGCCGGAACGUCUAUUGCAGCGAUUGACUGACCUCAGGUUCCUCAGUAUCGAUUUUCUCAACACAUUCCUGCUGACGUACCGAGUGUUCACCGACGGCGUCACAGUAUUGGAGGCCCUCAAGAAAGUUUUUUACGAAGCUGAACCGCCUGACGCACAAAUGCCCACUGGAUCCCUCAUGUCUUUAGAUGUGUUAGGAGCAAAUGCGAGUGAAUCACAAUUGCAUUCAGAAGAUCGAAGAAGAAGUAGUUUUUCACCGAGACGAACUAGUGGCGCAAGCUCUGUAUCAGGAUACGGAUCGGAAGUAAGUGAUAGCCGUGAUGCGAGAUCUCACGGUUCUUUUGACGCUAAUACGAGUGCAUAUAAUUCAAAGAGUCACUGGCGAUCUGGUUACAAGAAAUUAGAUGAAGAACAACCGCUUGGGCUUAUUUCCGAGACGCCGAUUAUAAAACGCAGUCCAACAUCGCAAGCAUCCAGUCCAUCUAACGCGCAAUCUCCGGUUACACCGCGAAAAGUCAGCAUUCGCGUGGAUAACAAGGAUGUUGAGAACGAUGGAUGUCACCUGACGAUACCAAAAGUAAUAGCAGUGUCGUCCAGCUCCGAAACACUUACAGAUGUUACAGUGAUUAGUGCACCGUCUUCACCCAGUAACUUGAGCUCUGUAACGCUGGUUGGUUCGACAGAAUCCGGAUCUGGAUCCGGAUCGGAUCCAAGUCCCCAAGAAGGAGGUACUUACUCACGUCGUGUCUCGGAAAUCGAUACACCUGUCGCAAUGGGAGAGGAUGCAAGAGAAGUACAAUUUACAUAUGACGACAUACCACAACCAUCACAAUCAGCUGAAUCUGCUAAACCGGAUACGCCAAGGAAAACGCCUACUUCUCCACCGAGCAAGGAAACCAAAACAAGCAGAGAGGAAUCUACGCCGAGCGAUGACGAAAGUGUGAGCUCUUUUAAACAAUCGACGCAGCAGAAUCAGCAACAACAUUAUCCGGAACAUAGGGCAUCUGUCGCUUCUGCUCCACCGUGCACCGCAAGGAGUGGUUCGAUCUCCACCAUAACUGGGAAUUAUUGGGCGAGCAGACGAUCGAUGCACGAAGAGGUUUCUUCGCAGCAUAGUAAUUAUCAGCAUGAUGUUCAGCAAGUAUCCAGCAAAGCCGGUGUAGUAAUAACUAGCUUCCGUCAGAGUCAUCGAAGCAUUGGACCUGCACCUAUCUGGAGCAGCACCUCUACGGCAGCAACCGCAUUUGCCAUCGCAACUUCUGCUUCGAGUAAUCCACCGGACAAAGGCCCCAUGAACGACGGGAAUAAUCGUAACCGGGACAAAAAUAGGAGAAAGGAGUCAGUGAUGUCGACUGCCGCGACGAUGAGAGUAUUGAACGUUCUGAGACAUUGGGUAUCUAAGCAUGCCCAGGAUUUCGAGAUGGAUCAAAAGUUAAAAAAUCUGACUAUCGAGUUCUUGGAAGAUAUCAAUUACAAUCCAAAUCUGCUGCCGGCUGAACACAAAGCGGCCAGUCAAUUAUUGAGACUAAUUACCAAGGAAGAAUCGGACACCAAUAAGGUCGAUCUGAAGAAAUUAUUAACUCCGCCAUCAGUUCAGAGUAAGGAGAGCAUCGAAACACUGUCUGCGCUCGAGAUCGCGGAACAGAUGACAUAUUUAGACUAUCAGAUAUUUGUCUCUAUCACCAGCGAAGAAUUUCUUGGACAAGCGUGGAUGAAGACGGACAAGGCAACUCGGGCGCCUCAUAUUCUUCUUAUGACGAAACGAUUCAACGAGGUGUCGCAAUUAGUCGUUUCCGAAAUUAUUCGUCGUUCUAACAUGUCGGCCAGAGUUGCGGCUAUCGAGAAAUGGACCGCGGUCGCCGAUAUCAAUAGGGUUCUGCAUAAUUACAAUGGCGUGCUACAGAUUUGCGCAGCAUUCACGAAUAGCAGCGUAUACAGGCUGAAGAAAACCUGGGAGAAAGUUCCCAAAACGACAAAGCAGACGAUAGAUAGACUGCAACAUAUCGUGUCAUCCGAUGGUCGCUUCAGAAAUUUGCGAGACGCUUUACAUCGAUGCGAUCCACCUUGUAUCCCUUACUUAGGAGUUUAUCUCACCGAUCUUUCAUUUAUCGAGGAGGGUACUCCAAACAUUACAGAAGAUGGUCUUUUGAAUUUCUCGAAAAUGCGAAUGAUCUCUCAUGUAAUUCGCGAAAUACGACAUUUCCAGCAAACCCCCUACAAGAUCGAAUUAAUCAGUAAGGUAACCAACUAUUUGUUGGACACGUCGCUCCUACUGAACGAAAAAGAUUUGUAUCGCAUGUCCUUGGAGAUUGAACCCAGAACGUCCAGGUUGAGUAGUUCCGCUUUAAUUAAUCUGCCUCCUUCAGUCAGCCAUACGUCUACGAAGUGAAUUUUAUCUCUCGUAAAGCAAUUCAACUAUAUCUUUAUUUCCUAAUGAACGAUAAAAGAAUCCUGAAAUUUCGAGAGGAUUAACUCUUUGUUGCAAGCGACCGAUCCUUAGGACGAUCGCAAAUGCGACUCGUCGCGUUUUUCACAGCCCCGUCCAUUAUUUCUGUCCACUUCUGCUUCUAACGUAACAUUCGACGUCCACUUCUGUUGUCAUUUGCGUUUCACGUUUACAAGAUAUUUGCGUAAGCAUUAGAUAAGUAAGCUCAAUAAUGAUCUCAUCGUUGCACAGAAUCGGCCUCUUUAUUCGCGGGAGAAAACUUAUCAGAAUUGUUUGAUAGGCAUAACAAUUUCAACAUAGCAAAACUGAUUAGAGUUCGACGAAAUAUUCUAGAAUUGCUAUCUCUUCCAGCUUUUAAUUAUUCUAAUAGUGUGUUUUUAAGUUUUUAAGAGAGAUCCUGUCUCUCUACCAUAAAAAAGUUGCAUAGGAGGAUGCAGAAAAAGAAAAUCAUAGAUUUUAGUAAAAACAUUUAAUAGUAAUAAAAUGUAAUAGUAAUACGAGUAUAGAGAUUUCAGAAGAUUGAAUACGGCGAAAUGGCUGUGUAAAAUCUGCUGAUGAUUACAGUACAAGAUUAAUAACGAUCGAUGAAAGAGACUUUCUUAUAAUAACAUGAUUAUGCUUAAUGUUCUCUCUCUUUCUCUCUCUCUAUCUUUCUAUCUCUCUCCGUGUUGUUGAUUCGCGAAUAAAUUAUUCAAAGCGCUCCGAAAUGUGAUCUGAAAUCAGUUUGAUCUGUCCGCUUCAAAAUAACACAUAUUUUGAGGAAUAUCCGAAUUUGUUACGAGAUAGAAACUAUCAUUGACACUGAUAAAAUUAUCUCGGCUAAAGCAACAAAAAGCCGUCACUGAUUUUAGUUUAACCCAAUUCAAUCGAGCCAGUAUUAUUACACGAGGCGUAUAUAAACAGUUCAAACGAGUACCUUUAAGAAAACAAAUGAAAAGCGCGCGUGAGAGGUGAAUGGAAAUUGUAUUUUGACAAUCAAUAGUAUAAAGAUAUUGUUGUGUUUUCCGUUUCUAAUUCUAAUUAUUGCUACGAAUAAGAAAGAAAAGAAUAAAAAAGAAAAAGAAAAAAAAGAAAAUAUCCGCAAUCUUGGAAAUUAACUUUUCAAUCAUCUCAAUUAUAUUU